UGCAAUUAUUUAGCUUUGACCAUGCCAUUUUUCGGUCCCAGAAAUCCAUAUCAUUCCAUCAUCAGCUCUGCCACCAUGUCAUACUAAUCCCUCAAUUCUGCACCGUACACUAAUAUUUGACAGCUCCAAGAAAAUCAGGACAACCAUGGGAGCAACAUUUUGGAACUUGGCUGUGCUGAUGAUUCUUGUUGCAGUAUCAAUCUGCUUGAAACCAGCAACUUCAGACCCGCAAAUCAAUUUACUGAAUCAAGGGUGCAGUCAGUAUAAUGCUACGAAUACUAGGAACUUCUUCAACAAUCUCAAUGCCACCUUUGCUGAUCUCAGAAACCAGUUAUCCCAACAGAACAAGCUCUUUGCCACAGCACAGCAGUCCAGGUCAUCUGACCCCGUUGAUGCCAUGGUUCAGUGCAGGGAUUAUGUUUCCUCGGCAGAUUGUGUUGCCUGUUUCAAUGCUGCAGUAGCCCAGAUUCGGAAUUGUUCUGCUGCAAAUGGCGCUCGUGUCAUUUAUGAUGGCUGCUUCCUCAGGUACGAAAGCAACAACUUCUAUGAUCAGAGUACUCUUCCAGGAAACGUUCAGAUAUGCAGCAAUCGAACUGCAUCACAGGCAACUAUAUUCGGAGCAGAGGCACAAGCCCUGCUGAAAGAUCUUCAACUUGCAACGCCGAGGAUUAAUGGUUACUUUGCAGCAUCUAAGAGGCAAGUGAGUCCUGAUGUUAGCGUUUAUGGGGUGGCACAAUGUGCUGAAACAAUCAGCGAAAGUGGUUGUGAAGAUUGCUUGACUGUGGCGUACGGCAACAUACAGGGCUGUUUACCCAAUGCAGAUGGCAGAGCGAUUGAUGCAGGCUGUUUUCUUAGGUACUCACAGACUUCCUUUUUCCCAGAUAACCAGACAACCAAUAUCACACCUUUCCUUGGAGGCGGAAAAUCAAGCAAGAAGAAGGCUAUCAUCGGUGGAGUGGUUGGAGGUGCAGGCCUUCUUAUAGUUGCACUUGCUUUGUAUUUAUGGUAUCGAUUGCAUAGAAAACCGAAGGCAGCUCAAAAAGGUAACAUAUUGGGUGCAACUGAGCUGCAAGGUCCUGUAACAUACAAUUUUAAUGUUCUUAAAACUGCAACAAACAAUUUUAGCGAAGAAUCUAAGCUCGGAGAAGGAGGUUUUGGUGAGGUCUACAAGGGUGCUCUGAAAAAUGGAACUAUUGUUGCUGUCAAAAAGCUAAACAUAACUUCUGGUAGAGCAAAGGCAAAUUUCGAGAGUGAAGCUAAGCUUAUUAGUAAUGUUCAUCACCGAAACCUCAUUCGCUUACUUGGAUGUGCUAGCAAAGGACCAGAGCUACUCCUUGUUCAUGAAUACAUGGCAAACGGAAGCCUGGACAGAUACUUAUAUGGUGAUAAAAAGGGGUAUCUCAACUGGAAGCAACGUUUUGAUAUAAUAUUUGGAACAGCUAGAGGUCUAGCCUAUCUACAUGACCAAUACCAUGUUUCUAUUAUUCAUCGAGAUAUAAAGCCCAGCAAUAUCCUCCUGGACGAUGAUUUUCAGCCAAAAAUUUGUGAUUUUGGAUUGGCAAGGCUUAUGCCUGAAGAUCGGAGUCAUUUGAGCACUAAAUUUGCUGGUACCUUGGGCUACACAGCACCAGAAUAUGCAAUUCAUGGACAUCUUUCUGAGAAAGUUGAUACUUACAGCUUUGGUGUAGUCGUCCUUGAAAUAAUCAGUGGCAGACGGAGCAGCGACAUGACCAUUGAGCCAGUCAGUGAGUAUCUUCUUGAACAGGCAUGGAAGCUUUAUGAAAAUGACAUGCAUUUAAAGUUGGUGGAUGCGACUCUGGACCCCAACGAUUACAGAACCGAAGAUAUGAAGAAAAUCCUAGAAAUUGCUUUGAUAUGCACUCAGUCACAACCUUCUGAUAGGCCAACCAUGUCUGAGGUAGUUGUCAUGCUUUCAAGCGAGCGUUCAUCAGAGCAGCAACGCCCCAUUAGGACUGCAGUGAUCGGUUCUGAAAGGAGGUUCAGAAACAUAUCUGAAUCUACUGAGACUACAUCAUCAACCUCUAAUGCCACUGCCUCUUUUACUGAUUUCACUGGCCGUUAGCUUGUUCAUCUUCAGAGUGCAGUAAUUUCACUUACUUUUUGAUAUUCAUCUCACAUAAGGAUCUGAAAUCCAAGCAACUACUAGAUGUCGCAAUUAUGUACAUAGAGGAGAUUAUAUAAUCAUAUGAAAUGUGAAUUCAGAAGCAAAUGAUAGCUCGAAAUGUCUUGGCCACGUCGUAUCUGGUUGCUAGUGCUAGUGAUUUAGUUAAGCAGUUCUCGGACCAUUUGACAUUUUGAGUUCUGUUUCACUUCUCUCUUCUCUUGACAUACUUUCCAUUGUAAUCUUACAUUUCUCCCGAACUCUACCUGCCAAUUGUUUUGGGUAGUUUCACUCAGAGCCUAAAAUAGUAAAGACCAAACAAAUUCUCAGAUUAGCA